AUGUCACGAAGUCAAUCGAGCCUCAGUCUAAGCCAGACCGACAGCGCCAGAGAAGAUGGCGUCUCACCUGCCCCCAACUCAGCAAAUCCAACCAUGUCCAGUCCCAUGAAUCUGUCCGGAUUGGUCUGUAAUGUGCGAAGGACAACCGGCCGCGAACCUCGUGCACUCGUCGGUGCGACCACAACUAUUCUAGGCGACAAGUUAUACGUCUUCGGCGGCCGCUCCCUGUCCAAAUCCCAUUCACACGUACAACUUACUUCGGACUUGUACGAGUUGGACUUGAUAAGACGGCAUUGGACGAAAGUGGAGGUUUCGGGCGAUAUACCGGCUCCGCGUUAUUUUCAUAGUGUUUGUGCAUUGGGGGAUACGAAGUUGGUAUGCUUCGGUGGAAUGUCGCCGGCGGAUCCGCCGCAGGGAAGCGCGCAGCAGCAUGGCUCGGAUGAACAGACGGAUGUACAAGUAAUGUCUGAUAUACACAUAUACGAUGUUGUCACACGGACGUGGACGCGCUUGCCGGCAAAGGAUCCCCCGCUAGGUCGAUAUGCCCAUUGUGCUACAAUAUUACCAUCAAGCGCAUGCUUCACAUCUGCCAAUGCGCCAUUAUCUGCCAUACAUAACAAUCCAUCGUCUGGAAAUCCUCAUCAAGGCUCGAUUGGACCCGAUAUUGACGGAUACGGUGGCGCCGAAAUGAUUGUUGUGGGCGGACAAGAUACUUCCAAUCACUAUAUCGAGCAAAUCAGCGUUUUCAAUCUUCGGAGCCUAAAGUGGACCUCUACCAGUCCGCUCGGAAGGAGUUGUGGUGCUUAUCGCAGCGUUGUGGCACCCUUGACCAAUAUGGACGUCUCGGACCUCGGCAGUGCAACAGAAGACAACGCAGGCAGCAAUAAUAAGCAUGUUGAUGGGGCCGAGGAUGGCACUUCAAUGCUGAUCUAUUCCAACUAUAAUUUCUUAGACGUCAAACUGGAACUCCAGGUGCGACUUCCAGAUGGCCGAUUAUUGGAGAAACCCAUGUAUGGAGAGGCUUCUCCACCGGGUUUGCGAUUUCCUAAUGGUGGGAUCAUCAACAACCAUCUAGUUGUCAGCGGCACAUACCUCACAUCAACUAAACAAGAAUACUCCCUCUGGGCUUUGGAUUUGAGAACACUUACGUGGUCACGCAUCGACGGCGGAGGUACGGUCUUUAGUAGCGGUAGCUGGAAUAGGGGUGUUUUGUGGGAACGUCGAAACACAUUUGUUAUCCUUGGAAACCGGAGACGAAGUUUGGUCGAAGAUUACAACCAUCGUCGAAUCAAUUUCUCGCAUUUGUGCAUGGUUGAGUUGGAGGCGUUUGGACUCUACAACAACCCCUGUCGAACAUCGCCGACCUCUGGCUAUUCCUCCGUUAGUGCGCCUAUAGUCCCGGCUUCUUUACAGUUGAAACUCACGCAACUCACGACCGGCGGCCGGCCGCUUUCAGCUGCGUCUGAUGAAUUGGGUAAAGUUGCAUUCUCGAUGUCGGAAAUGGCAGACAUGGAAUUACAGGCGUUAGGCGGAGAACGGAUUCCGGUUAGUUCUCGGAUGCUGGCUAGACGAUGGGGACCGUUUUUCAUUCAAUUGCUUCGUGAAGCAUCUGAUCCUGGGAUUGCAGACACCGCGACACUGCGUGGUACAGCCAGUGGAGCAAGUCAUCCGAGUCGCAACUCGAGUAUCACGAUUACGCCUUCUCUGGGUUCGAGUAACGGCUUUUCCAAUGCUAGCACAUUAGUCAGUGGCAGCAGCAAUAGUUUAUCAUCUCCGCACUCUCGUCUUCUCGCAAAUUUGGAGGUUCCAUCUGCACAUUCAAUUGCACCGUCCCUACGUCCUCGUGUGUUGUAUUUACCGCAUACGCUUCAGACUGUUCGGCUUUUGGUCUACUAUCUCUACACAUCAUCACUGCCGCCUGUGAAUUCACCACUUUGCACGCCAUUGAUUCUCUGUUCGAUUCUGCAAUUGGCGCGACCGUAUCAAGUUGAUGGGUUAUUGGAAGCCACGGUCGAACGUCUCCAUCAAGUCCUGGAUGGGCGCAAUGCUGCCGCCGUUUUCAAUGCUGCGGCCAUGGCAGCUGGUGGCGGGCGUGGAACAGGAUUUAUCAGUGGCAUUGGUGGAACACUUGAGGUCCUCAACGGUGCACAUAACAAGGGAUCAGGACUAAGCGAUACCAACGGUGCGGGGUCUGGACCUGGCGGCCUACAAACUCAAACCUCCUUCUCAUCUCUCUCAACAGCAUCCGAUUCGUCAGAUACGGAAUUAGGUCGACAACAACGACACGGCCGCUCUGAAUCCGUCAUGAGUCAACAACAAAGACCCUUACGAAUUAACACGAGUAUGUCACGCACACGCGAGAAUUACUACGAUGAUUCCUUCAGCGAUGCCAGUGCAUCUGGAGCAUCAUCUGCAACGUCAAAUAGUUUCAGUCACACCGAUUCCGAUACCCUCGAAGACGGGGGUAACGGCGGUAUUGGCCGUAGUAAUCGCGGCGGUAGACGACGAGGUACCGAUGCCGAGCGGCCGAUCUGGACGGGUGAUGUUAGUAGUGUGAUUGGAUUACAAAAACGAGGGCUCAAGGGGUUGAUGGAGGGCAGGAGGAUGAGGGAGAGGAGUGGUGGGAGGUCUGGGAUUGCUGUUGGUGUAGAUGGUCAAUGA